GAAAGUUCAUCUAUUCAUUCACAAAAGAUUAAAAAAAGAAAAUCAACACAUUUCACGCAGUGCUCCACAAUAGUUCUCCUGGGUAGGACUCAUAAAUCCAUGUCCCUGUCUUAGACACUUCAACUCAUGUCUGAUCCUUUCUUUAACUCAUGAUUUAUUGCUCUCAAUUACUCCUUUUUGCCAGAUUUAUAAACGUAACUGUUCUUUAUUUAAUACCUAUUUUGUACACUAGGCAACAAGGCAGUAAAUUUAUUGUCUAUGAGUUGCUACUUUGAAAAAUUACAUCAAUGCAAAGUGAUUGCCUUUCAGCCUUCCUAGCCAAUAAAUUCAUUUCUUUUUUUUUUUGUAGGGAUGAUAUGAGGUCAUAGGAUAAUAUAUAUAAUCACUGAUCACAGAAUUAGAAGAAGCAAGUUGCAGGCAACUGCUCUUACUCUGAGCUAUACCCCCGAGAAAGAGCAAGUUGAAAGAAGCUAAGAAGGAAGACUUCUAUCUCCUGCCAAUCAUGUAUAAGCUGGUCUCCUGCUGUUUGCUUUUCAUAGGAUGCUUAAAUCCGCUCCUGUCUCUUCCUGUCCUUGACUCCAGGCAAGAGUCCCUGCAGCUCUUAGCACCUGAAGAUGUCAGAUCAACUCUGGAUGAGCUGGAAAGAGCGUCUCUUCUGCAGAUGCUGCCAGAGAUGUCAGGCGCAGAGACAGGAGAGGGUCUUAGGAACGCAGAUCCCAUUACCAACAUUUUUCACCCAAGAGGAAACAUGAGAAAAUUUCAGGCUUUCUCUGGGCAGGAUCCUAAGCUUUUCCUGAGGGAACUUUUGUCCAGAAUCAGGAAGCAAUCUAAGAAACGUGGACCUUCCUCUGAAUGCUUCUGGAAAUACUGUGUCUGAAGCAAAAUGACCAUCUACUAGUCACCUCCAAGACGACCACCUGGAAAAUGCAAAAUAAAAAUGCUGGAUUUGAAAGCAGUAUAGAUGAAAAACUAGGCAAGCUAGACACUGUUCAUUAUUAUUUGGAAAAUAAAUCCUCUAUGUUUUGCAGACAUUACGAGUGGUUGUUUUACUUAAAAACGUAUCCUGAAAAACAAACAAACAAAAAAAAGGUACCCUGAAAAUCUGUACUUUUUCUUUUUUAAAAUAAUUUUCUUUAUUUUUGGCUCUUCUGGAUCUCCGUGGCUGUGCAGGCUUUUCUCUAGUUGACGUGAGCGGGGCUCCUCUCUAGUUGUGUGCACAGGCUUGUCAUUGUGGUGGCUUCUCUUGUUGCGGAGCGCGGACUCUGGGGCACACAGGCUGCAGUUACGGCUCCCGGGCUCCAGAGCACAGGUUCAGUGGUUGUGGCUCCCAGCCUUAGCUUCUCCGCGGUAUGAGGGAUCUUUCUGGAUCAGGGAUCAACCCCAUGUCCCCUGCAUUGGCAGGUGGAUUCUUUACCACUGAGCCACCAGCGAAGCCCCUAUAUUUUUUUCUUUCUAUCAAUUAAUCCUUAAAGAAUUAUCCAAAAGUUUAAAAGUAAACAAUUAAAUGAACAGAAGCAAAUACUAAGAAGAAAAAGUCAUAACUGUAAAUUUUACUUAAAAUAGUAAAACUGCAAAUCAUUUAAACUACAUUAUCUUAGCAAUGAUGUCCUCUCAACCCUUACAAAUAACAAUGUAAGUUAUUACUUAAAAAAAAUCCAUAUCUAAGCUUGGAAAAAGCUCUACAGUGAAGGAUGCUGAAGGACAAGGGCUGGAAACCGUCUGAAUUCUCCUUAGUUUCUGAUGGAAAAUGUCCACACGCUCAGAUCCCCUCUCCUUAGCUGGUCUGAGUAUUGAACAAGUGAAAACUUUAAUCUCUGAACACUGAAGUCUGUUCGAUCUCAGUUGCUGUGAGCUCAAGUAUCACAAUACUGGAAAAAAUACCUUCAUAAUCUGUUCCUUAGAGAAGAAAGUGGAGGUGGGAUUUAAAUUGUGGAAUGGAAGAAAUAGCCUGAUUUACUAAAUUUUUAAAACCAUGUGUGUGUGUGCAGAUACUAACUUAUCCUCUUAAUACAUUAUAUCCUCUUAAUAUAUUGACGUAGCUCAUCUCUGUAUAGAGUAUGGAGCAUGAGAACUGAAUGGCCCAUGCCCAUGGCAGGAGUGCUUCUCCUCGGAAACUGGGGUUCCCAUUCUCUGCUCUGCCAACCACACCCCAAACUCACAAGGAAUGAAGGGUCAGGUCUGUGCCAAAUAGCCACAUAAUCGGUACUGAUCUUGUCAACAGUCCUCCAGUAUCUCUUUAGAAUGCAGGUCUGAUAAAUCUUCCCUUUCCUUAUUUGAGGCAUCAAGAACAUAUCAGUACGGCAGGUUGUUUUAAACUUGAAGGAUGGAUGUGUCAUCUCAGGACCAUGCUGGCUGGGAGGAUGCUGUAGCAUCGCUUGAUGCUGAAGUUCAACUGAAUUCAAUCCCCUAACACAGGACUCUAGCACCACAGGCUACAAAAUGUUUAUGAUGCCAGGAAGAGGUCAGGGUGGAUUUCAUCAUUGCAGUAGAACCCGAAACCCCUCCUGUUCUGUGACAGACACAUGGUGACUGCUCUUACUGCCAGGGCUCUGGAGUCAGGUCCCUGUGACCACACAGCUGUGAGCCCUCAAGCAGGUCAUCCAACCCCCACCACCCCCGUGUCCUUCUCCAUCAAAUGUGAGCAGUGACACUACAUAUUUCCUGGGUGGUUGCGAACAUUAAAUGAGAUAAUUCACAGGGAAGCACCAGAACAGUCCCUGUGGGCAGAGCACACACUCUCUUCCCUUCCUGGGUUGUUUUUUUGUGACUGGAGGUGCAGGUGGUUUGAAAGGGGUGAUGUUUAACAAAUCCUGUUGGCUUCAGGAUCCCAAUUCAUAUUUUAAUUCUGAGACUGUUGCUGCCGGGUUCCACAGUCAGAUUUUGUGAAACACAGGUUCACGCUACAGAAUCUGAAAGAGUAACUUAGAUAGCUAAAUUUUAUAAAUUAGGCAUUAAAAUACAAUUGCACUCAUUUCACAUGCUAGCAAGGUAAUGCUCAAA